ACAACAGUCGGUGGCUGGGAAAUAUUCUUAAUACCGGGGGUUGGUGUUCCCACUUAUUGCCAACAUGCCACCCGAAUCCUGCGGCUGGAGCGCGUGUGAGUCAAUGUGAGUUCGGUUGGCCGUCUCGGGUGUCCACCAAUAAAAAACGAGAGUGAGAAAGAGACAAAGCAGCCAGUCUGGGCAGCCAGUUUUGAUUUUUUUCUUCCAAGUCCGCAUGGGGUAUCAAUUUUUGAUGACAUCACCUAUGAUUUUUUUUACUACAUGAUUAAUCGGAGGGGACCAAAGUAAAAGGCGCCUGUGACCAGCAUCAGUGGUCCUAGAUUCCUACCUCGGGGGCCCAGCUUCCAGCUCACCUUUCACUCAUUUGGCCAUCUGGAUUCCUGCAACGUGAAAGAGACGCCCUUCCCCAGGAGAAUGAACCUAACUGGUGUUACACCAGCAGUGGGAAGAACUGAGAGCGGUACCAGACCGCUGCACCCAGGAGCUUAACCUCAAGUGCACCAACGCGCCCCCUUGCACUUCUGCAUUCUGCUUUUACUUGAGACGUGGAAAUACAAAAGAGGGCAACCUAAAACUGCCAGGACAGUUCAGUGAAAUAAGAGAAGUGAAGUCCAGCCUGAGGAGCAGGCCACAAGGGGAGAAGGUGUGAGCAGAGCUGUCAAGGAAUGAUAUGAGACCAGGAGGAGUGGAGAUCUUAAGGGAGACAAAGAAGGAGAAGACGAGGACUUCAUCCAGGGCGGCAGCACAGGGCACAGGAGGGCCUGCCAAACCAUUACUGAUUUUUUUAUCAGUUAGUUCUUAAGUCUUUUUUUAAUUGACUCCCUAUAUACAGUUUUGGAUCAAAAGGAUUUGUUCCAUCAGCUUUCACUCUAAAUGUUGCCUGCUUCAAAUGUUUAUUUUAAUCGUUAAUUAAUAAUUGGGCCUAAUUAAAGGGUUCAUCCUGUGGGGUGACGUGCACAUUUACCUCUCCUCACACGGACACUAAAGAACAGCUUGCUUUUUUUACUUUUACAUGACAUCCAUUCACGUUUUGCUAUUUUCGUGUAAAUGGUUGAGUCAUUUAUUUUGACGAAUGGGCAGAGUUACCUUACGCUCAUAAAAAUUUAUUAUAGCUAAGCUUCUGUAUUAUUUCGGCUUGUUGCUCACUUUUAUGUAAUCAUAUUGUCACUACUAAACCACCAUUUUUUGUUUACAUUUUUCAGUCAUUUAUUUUCAUCAAGGAGCAGUUUCGCUUCUGCCCAAAAACUUACUUUUAUUUUAGAUGAGCCUCAAUAUUAUUUUGGCUUGUCGUGGACUUUGACGUAACUUAACUUUUCAUUAUUGUCACCCUGAUGCAUUAAUAUUUCUCAUUUUCUUGUGUAAAAUUGAAGUUAAUUCUUACAGAGGGGUGGAGUUUACUUUUUGCUAACAAAACUUUUUCAGUGUUUAUUAUAGCAACAUUAUUGACUUGUAGAUCAAUGUUACGGAAUACAAUUUUUUAAAAUUUUAGUUAAUUUGUUCAUCUUCUCUACAUACAGCUUUAUUUUUAUUAUUCAUUACAGCUAAGCCUCAGUAUUAUUUUGGCUUAUCGCUGAACUUUACAUAACUUUUUUAUAAUUGUUACCGUUGUUACGCACAUCUUUUUGUGUGUAAACUUCUGGGUAAAUAAUUUUUAGUAAGGGGUGAGGUUUAGCUAAUGCCCAUAAAACUUUGUUUUUAAACUUUACUAUAGCUUAAGUUUCCACAUUAUCUUAACUUACUGCUCACCUUUACAUUUAACUUUUGAGUUUUGUUAAUCCUGAUCCAUUCACAUUUGGCUUUAUUUCAGUAAAACUUUAAAUAAUUAAUUUCUACCAAGGGGCAAAAUUUAGCCUAUGCCCAAGAAGCUUUAUUUCUGAAGGUAAUUCUAGCUACGCCUCUGUAUUAUUUUGGCUUGGCCCUCUCUCAUCGCUGUCCUCUCUGAUUUACUCCACAACUCCUGGUCUGUUCUUCACCAAGCGAGGCUCUCUUCAUCUCUAAACUUCACCAACUUUUAUUUAGUGCGCUAAACCUGCCCACCUCCACCUGACCUUGGCACACCAGCUCAAGUCAGAUUUAGGCAGGAGCAGCUGCUUACCCCAUUCUCUAAGAACUUUCACAGAACACCGGCCCGUUGGCGAACAUAGCAGAAGUUGCAAUGUGGUCAAACUUCUUCAUGCAAGAGGAAGAGUCAGGUGGAGGUCGUGGAGGAGCAGGAGGGGUCCGAGGGGGGUCAGGACAGGAGUCAAACGGGGCUACCGGCAAAUCAGGCCUUACGGACAGCCAAGAAGGCAAGAUCAAGCUGGCUUUCUUUGUGGCCAUUGUGGGAGUUACUCUCACUGUUUUGGCAGUGGGAACAGAAUUUUGGGUGGAGCUGAGCCCACCCAAGAACAUGUACGAUAAUGAGACGUGUACAUACAUCCACUACGGUCUGUGGAAGAAGUGCCUCAAGAAACUGUGGGUGUCCGACAUCGACCAGGAGAGAGACAGCUGCGGGCCAGCAGAUCUGGCAGGAGAUGCUAACUGCUCUUAUUUCAAGUUUUUCACAACUGGCGAGAAUGCGGUCCUCUUCCACAAAAGCACCAAGAAAGACCUUCACAUCGCGGCUGCCAUAAUUGCUCUGCUAAGUAUCACCUUCAUGAUCCUGGGUUCGAUCUGCAUCACCAUGGCGCUGAGUAAGGCAGUCGAGUUCCUCCUGAAGCCGGCCUCAUUCUUCUUUAUCCUUGCAGGCCUGCUCAUCCUCAUUUCUCUUGAGGUGUUCCGCCAGUCGGUCCUUGCCCUCCUUGACAGUGACCAAACUGUGCUGGUGCAGUACGCCUUGUCCUGGUCAGUGGCCUGCGGUGGAGCAGCUGGUGCUGUCCUCAUCUUCGGUGGCAUUUGUUUCAUUGUCCUGUCCCUACCCAGAAGUACCUGGAAAAUCUGCCUGCGUCAGGAAGAAGCCUCUUAAAAUUUAUGGAAAGAAGAAAAAAAAAAAAAAAAAAAAAGUGAGAAUGUAACAGACUUUGGAGACUACCUACACUGACUGCCAGGAAAGUAUGAGGCAGGGCCUCAGUCUUUGGACACUCCUUCAACAGACGUAAACCAGUUCAAACCGGCCCUGGGGAGGCACGGGGAUGGCCUGUGGACGCUCUGUCAGUACGGGGUUUCUCUAGACUGAAAUCUGCCACACACAGGAGGGUCUUGUGUGUACACACGUACAUGCGUGCGUGUGUGUGUGUGUGUGUGUGUUUGUGUGUGUGAACGUAUUGUUAUGUAGGCAUCCAAAAAAUUUGUAAUUUGUUUUUCCAAUAUGUCCGAGAAAGUUGGGGGAAGAGGGAGUCUAAAAGGGAUGGGGCCAAUGGGAUAGGUUGUGGAGGGGAGGACUCAGUAUUUACCAGAAUUUAGACACCAAUUUGUCAUGAUGUUUGCCCACGUGUGGGUCAGAAGCAACUGCAACAUGAAUAGCUGUGUGCUGAUCAACCGAAGGGCUGGUUAGGGAUUACUACAGAAACCUGAAAUCAAUCCAUGUUUGACAUAGCACCUUCAUAUCUACCUGCCCGUUUUCCUUUUAGAGCAUUUUUCCCCGUCUGUCCAUCUGUUUUACAGUGUUCUGAUGGUCUCUCUUUCAUACUGUCUCCUCACUACUUUUUCUAUGUAUGGCUUACAGUAUCUUUCCUUCUCUUAGGUAUCUUUCUCCCAUCUAUCAGUUUUAUUUCCAAUCUUCCCAGUUUAUUUUCCACAACUUCUUAUAUAGUGCCUCUCUUAACUAUCACAGUUUUAACAAACUGUUUGUCCUGUCUACUUAUUUAAAGUAGAAUCUUUCCUGACUUUGUCUAAGUAUAUAAUAUAUAGUGUCUUUCAUUCCUAUAUUUAUAUAGUAUCUUUCCUGUCUAACUUUUAUAGAGCCUCUUUCCGAUCUGUCAGUACUCCAUGGUGUCUUUCCCAACUUUUGGGUUUCUACCCAUUUUAUAUACCUGUUUACUAUUUGUCUGUCUGUCCUAAAACAACUACAGAAUGAAAAACAGUAUUGUGAUUAAUUUAAGGGCUGGUAAGAGAGCAUUAGAAGCCUGAAACCAAGCUAUGCUUUAUAUAACAUACUUCAAUUCUAUCUGCCAAUUUGCCUUUUAUAGCUUCUCUCUUAUCUAUCUGUCUGUCUAUCUUUCAUUUUUACAGUAUUCUUAAUAUCCGGCUCCUCCCUACCUUUAGUUCUGUAUAAGGCUUAUUUAGUAAUUUUCCUUUCUGCCUGUUUUAGGUAUCUUAUAUCUGUCUCUCUGUUUAUAUACAUUCUUACUUGGCUAUGUUUUACACAACUUCUUUCCUAUCCAUUAUUUAGUGCUAUGCAUCUAUCUCAGUUUUAAUAAGCUGUUUUUCCUAUCUAACCAUUUUAUAUGGCAUCUCUCCUAUCUUUUUGUCUGUUUGUGAAAUAUACAAUCUUUCCUAUCUUUUUAUCUAUACUGUAUGUAUGCUUUACAUAGCAACCUUUCUACCUAUCUGUUCCAUUUGUAUCACGGCAUCUUUCUUGUCUGUCAGUCUUCCAUAGUGUCUUUGCUGUCAAUCAGCUUUUAUUAUUUAGCCUUUUUUUUCUAUUAGUUCCUAUCCAUCCACUCUAAGACCACUACAGGAGCCAAAACUUUAUUGAUCUGCCUACAAGUUGGUUUGAAACAGGUACAGGAAACUAAAA